AGCCGCGUCGCUGAGUUGCGAACUACUUAGAAUGAUGAGCGCCGCGCUGCAAACGGCGCGCGCCGGCCUGCGCCUGGGCGGGCCUACCUUGUGGGCCUGUUGGCCGGUAUUGGCCGUCGUCUGUUGCUUCAUGCUUCCGCGACCUUCCAAGCGGGCGGGCGGGGCCGCCCUCUUUGGUUCGGUGUUGUUCCGCUGCCCCGGCCCGUUGUUCCAGCGAGCGCAAAGUUCCGGGCCCGCCUCGUUCCCAGCCAAGGGCGAUGGCCCGGGGGGCCGUUGUGUUGGCCCUGCCUAGAGGAGGCCGAUAUCAUGCAACCCAGCGCGCAGGGGCGACCAGGAACAGGAACAACGCGCGCCGCCCCCGCGCCUCCCCGUCCCCUUAUUUUGGCCCGGCGCCCUAUAUAUUGCCGGGCCCCUUUGGCCGGCCGUGGGGCGCCGCUUUGUGCGCCCGCAUGAAUGUGGGCGCGCCAAGCAGGAGGCCCGCGACUGCUCGGCUCCGCCCCCCGGGCUGGUGGCUUUGUGUUGCGAGCGCGCGGCGCACGCGCGGAGCCGAUUGCCCUUGGUGGCUUUGUGUAAUGUUAAUGUAUGCAUGCAGAUAGCGCGUGGGCCCGGUAGUGUGGUAGCAUCUUGGUUGCAGCCGGGGCGCCCCCGAUCGGUCGCUCUUUCUUUCUACGUAAAGUAGGCAUCGUUGGGCUUUUGUGUAUUGCGCGCACACAAAGGCUGUCUGCCGCCAGCCUGCGCUUUGGUAGAUUUUCCUUGCCAGCGACUGGAGCUGCGUGUCCUGCUCGUUGGACGAAUGCGACGGGCCGCAUCCCAAAUAUCGGUCGGAAGAACGAUUCGAGCCCAAAUACCUUAUGCCGCGAGCAGAACCCCAGUCACAAGGUGGUCUGGCUCAGCUAAAC